UAAGGAUGAUUUUUACCAAACUACCGUCCAAAUGCAGCAAACGGCUCCCUCCUGCUUUUUCCUAUUUUCACGCAUAUAUAAUUUCUCACUUUUAUUUUUUUUUUAAUUUUAAUUUCUUUAUUCAGAAUCGCCGCUUCUCCAAAAUUCAAAAAUCCAUCGCCCCCUUUUCCUUUCUCUCUCUCUCUCUCUCUUUCUCUCUCCAUUUGACGGAGGAAAAAACCGAUAACUACUUUUCCACUCAGUCGCAUUCCAUUUAUCAAUUUGAAUCGAUCAAUUCGUUUACCAUUUCGAUUUCAACCCCAUUUUUCUUUCAUUUCUUCAUAUAAUGAGUGAAUCCCAGGAGAAUUUCGCUCUUCAAGAUAAAACGCUUAGUCUCAUUGAUGUCUCCUUCGAGGACGAUUGCCUCUAUAAUUCUCCUUCUCGUGAUCCUCAACUUCCCCAUUUUUCAGAGAAUCAGACAGAGCACAUAACUGUUCACUUGGUGGGUGUGCGAGCCCCUGAAGACUCUAAUGAAGGAGAUGAACAAGUCAUUCAACCACUUGAAUCAGCAGAACAAGAAAAGACGAGAAAAAAUGAAAAGUACAACUUGCGCAAAAGUUUAGCCUGGGACAGUGCUUUCUUCACUAGUGCAGGUGUUUUGGAACCAGAGGAGUUAUCUACUAUGAUAGGAGGAACUGAGAAAGGAGGAAAAAAUCAUAUAUUACCAGGAAUUGAGGAGGACAUACACAGAUCUACUGAUUCAAUGUCUUCAUUUGCAACUGAUAAUUCGACGUUAGGGACUCUUGAGGAUGACUUGUUUGGAGAUAUAAGAGCUUCAAUCCAGAAAUCUAGUAAAGCAUCCAAGGCUGCAAUUUCACAUGCUUCAGCGAAAGUGGACAUUGUUCCUCAAAAUAAGUUAAAGACUAAAGCACCUCCCAAUAAGCCAAAUGUUGUCUCUAAAGGAUCACGGAAACUGGCAAACCAGUCUGGUUCUACUAAUGGACAGUCAACUUCUUCUUUUUGUAAACCUCCCAAGACCAUAGGCAGAGUUAGUCCCAUCUUAAUAUCAGCAGCCAAAAGAGCUUCCUUGGGUGCCAACCGUGUAAAAAUGGAAAAGGAUAGUGCAGAACACUCGACUGGUCAUUCAGAUAAUCCAAAAAAAUUGACUGUGGCAGGUAGAGGAGCAAAACUACCUACGAUGGGUGGUUCAAGAAAUACUGUCCCCAAUCCCACACUUCCUUUCAAGUCCUCCUUGCGAUCUUCAGUGGCAUCUAAGACAGAGCUAACGACUUCUGCUUCCUCUGUUGAGAGUUUGGGAAGUCUGUCAUCUGACAGUAGUGGUAAACAUUCCUUGAAUAGUGUGAAAAGAAAAACUGAUUCCAAAACUGGCAAUCAUUCUUCCACUGUUUCAACUGUCAAAUCCACAUUGAGAACAGCAUCAAGAAGUAAGAAUCAGUCCACGAGUUCAAGUUUUUCACCUCAUUUGAAGUCUGCAACCAAGCUCUCUUCUAGGAUAUCACCUGCUAGUUCUAUCAGUGAAAGGUCUUUGGAAUCAGUGUCACCAACCUCUACCCUUAAUAAAAGGACUAACAGUUCAAGACCUAGCCUUGACACUACCUCUUGCAAAGAUGCACUUGAUAAUGGUGAUGCUCUGCAAGUUUUGGACUCCCAAAAUCAUUCUAGUGACAAAUGUUCAGUUGGACAUGAUACCCGGGUCAUUGGAUUGCCAAGCGAAUCUGGAAACAUAGCUUCAACAGGAAGUGUUGCACCUGUUCAUCCGGAUUCCAUCAAACCAUCAGGGCUUCGGAUGCCAUCACCAAAAAUUGGCUUCUUUGAUGGGGUGAGAUCAACAGUGCGCACUCCUCGUGGAAGUGUGCAAUCACACCCAGCUGUAAACAGUGGCUUGCCUAGAUAUAGGGCAAGAAAUGUUAGCCUCAGUGGCGGGUCAAAUGAGGCAAAGCUUGGAAAGCUUCAACCUGCUAGAACUGCAUUGGCAGUUCGAGGCACCAAAACUGGUGCUCAGCAACCUGCCUCGGAAAUCAAACAUAAAUCUCCUUUACCUCUUCAGGAAACCUCAAAUACUACACCAAAGGUCUGUAGCGCCUCAAGCAAUGGAAAAUAUGGUCCUGGCAUGCCUCUGAAAGUUCAGAAUAGAAUGUCUCCUGGAAACAGUGGGCAAAGUAACUUGAAGGCUGAGAAAAUUGCCCCUAAAGAUUGUGAUACAGCAAUAAACAAUCCAGAUGUCAGUUAUGCUGAUGGGAAUGACAGCCUACAUAAGAAUAAAAAGAGUCCUCUGAGUGAAAGUAAUAGCCUUGAAAAACAUGCAGAGUCUACUGCCAUUCAUGGAGGACUUGGUGUUACAUGUAACUCAAGUUCUGUACCUGAGGCAAAGAACAUAAUCUUGUCACAGAAACUGGGUGAAGAUGCUACAUGCGGUCAAAAGAAAAUUUUGGGUUCUCUUUCUAACACUAAUGAGAAGGGGAAAACUUGUUUUGAAGAUGAAGUUGACGAUUUGGCCCAACAAGUUGGAGCUACUGAAUGUUGUUCUCUUCUUCAAGUUAGUGAAAGCGGAAAAGUUAAUGCUAGUGUCAUAGAGGAACAUGUGACGUUAAUGCCUCCUUCCACUCUUACCGCUACUAAAGGGGUAAAAGUGGAGAUAGAUGAGAGCUAAAGAUGGCUUAAGAGUGUAGAAGCAAGGUUCUUGCAGGUAGCUUUCUCCUUGGUCUGAGAACUGUCAAAAAAGUAGAAAUUUUUAUUCGGAAAGAUUUGAAGGGAAAUGAAUGAAAAUGAAGGUCACGGAUUAAAGCUGCACAUAUGUGAUUAAGGGAGGAAUGAGUUUCAGUGGUGUGAACGUACAUUUUGUGAGAAUAUCCCUUUUUAACAUAUUUGAUAUGUUUGGAAUUUUGAGAUUAAAUUGUAGCAGACUUUUAUUUGUGUACAAUGUUCGUUCUGCCAAUACUUGAACUGUUUUUGUUUCACUGGAAAUUGUUUUCCACAUCAAACCUGUAUUAUUAAGAAGUGAUCCUAAAAAUAGGACAAAAUGUUGCAUAUGAAGAAGAUAUUGAUGAAGCUCUUAAUAUUUUAUUUUGCA